CUCUUCACUCUCUCUCUCUCUCUCUCUCUCAGCGCAAGCUCCAUUUCUCAUCUCGCCAUGGAUCUCCUUCUUCUCUUCUUGAUGACCUUGGCCCUUCGCCCCCGCCCUCUCUCCCACCGCCUCUCCUGCUCCGAUCGCUCUCCCGCCGUUCACCGCCGAUCCCAUCUCUCUCCCACCCUCCGCCACUGUCACCAGCUCGCAUGCCCCCGCUCCUUCUCUCCACCUCAAGGUAACCUCAUCCCCACCGGUCUCCCCUCCGAUCGCUGAUACCAAUCCUGCUCCCAUGGCCGCCCCGAUCCUCGCUCCUACGAUUUCCACAUCAUCACCGAUGUUUCCACCCUUCACCGCCACCGAUCCGCCCACCGCUGCCGCUCCGAUGCUUGAAACUCCAUCACCGACAUCGCCUCCCUUAGUUACCGCAACUCCACCCGCUGCCGCUCCUACACUCCCAACACCGACACCGACAUUGCCUCCCUUCAUCCCCACCGAUCAACCCUCUCCUGCUCCGACGUUCACAAAGUCAUCACCGACAUCACCUCCCUUGGCUGCUGCUACCCAUGAACCCGCCGCUGCUCCUACACUCUCAACGCCGACACCGGCAUUGUCUCCGCUUGUAGUCACCCCGAUCCAUCCCCCGAUCGCGGCUUCUGAACCACCAGUCUCCGCCGCUCCUGCACCUACACUCUCAACGCCAACACCGGCAUUGUCUCCGCUUGUAGUCACCCCGAUCCAUCCCCCGAUCGCGGCUUCUGAGCCACCAGUCUCCACCGCUCCUGCUCCGACUCUUCAAGCCGAGGUCCCCGCUCAGGCACCGUCACCGAGUAAGAAGCCGAGUCCGGCUCCGGCGAUUUUCCCCACUCCUCCGACCACUGCCUCGCCGCCGGACGCCGAGGAAACCAUCUCUCCCGCUCCCAACCCGGCCACCAUCUCCGACGACAAGGGAUGUGCGGGGGAGAUGAAGGUAGUGCUGAUCUCGGUGUGGGGAGCUGUAAUCGUGGCCGUUGGAUUACUCAUGUAGAUGAGUUUGCGGUCAUUUAUGUUAGUGUGUUGUGUAGCCUUGUGUUUUAGUGGUGUACUUACCGGGGUGUAAGAAUAAGGUGCGCUUUUGUUGUUUAGAUUGGGACGGAAUAGAUAGUGGGAGGCGCAUUUUCGUAUAAUUUUCAAUUUGAUUUUCAUUUAUAUAAUAUAUAUAUUGUGUUGUUUUUUA